UGCCGGCGCCACGUCCCUUGCGCCGGCCGCGGCGGCGUCGGUUGGCCUUUGGGCUGCUCCGUGUGGCCGCGGCCAUGGCCUUUACCCUGUACUCGCUGCUACAGGCGGCCCUGCUGUGCGUCAAUGCCAUUGCGGUGCUGCACGAAGAACGUUUCCUUAAGAACAUUGGCUGGGGAACAGACCAGGGAAUUGGUGGAUUCGGAGAAGAGCCAGGAAUUAAAUCUCAGCUAAUGAACCUUAUUCGAUCUGUAAGAACCGUGAUGAGAGUGCCAUUGAUAAUAGUAAACUCAGUUGUAAUUGUAUUACUUUUGUUGUUUGGGUGAAGAUAAGUGGAGGAGAUGGAGACUCAGAGGAAGAGAUGUCAACAGAAGUUAUUGUUUUGGUCAUUAUUGGGAUAUGCAUAACAUAGCCGGACGACUUUGCACUUGACAAAAAUGUAAAGUUGACAAUAAAACCAGAGUCCCUAUUUAUCUGAUUUUU